AUGCCACCACCAAAAAAGCAAGCAACAUUAAAACAACAACCAGCGCCGUUUGUAAAAUGGCUCGCAGGCGGAGAGGUUCCGCUAAGAUUGAAAGAAAUCCCAGAGACGGCAACUCGCGGGGAGGGGCAGCAGGAUAUCAACCCGCAGCUGUACCUUCCCGAGGACCAUAUGCGCAUUCCAAUGCACCACCUCAGCACCACACCGGACCCUACCACCCCCGCGCACAGCAAAUGCUACCUCCGCGUGCCCCUGCUCCAGCCUCAAGAAGCAAUGCAUAUUCAGGCCAUGCAGAAGAAUAUUACACUUCAGAAAGGGCGAGAGGAAGAUCGAUGA